AGUAGUAAAGUACUGUCAUGGCGGUUUAAAGUAAUGCGUCACACUGAAAAUACUACAGUAUUGUAACGGAUAACAGCACUUGAUUUAUAUUUUAAUAAAAAAAAAGUAAAACUAUUUCGACAUAAUGUUUUUUUCACAUUUUACCUUUCAAACUUUAAACUGAAUUGAACCGUACGCAACCAAUAUAAUAUAGUUGUCUAUCACGCGUUUUCAUGACUGAAUACAAUCACCAGAGACAUUGAAACUCGUGUACGCUUUUUAACAUCGCCACUAAUGGGAGCCUUCCAGUCUAUCUUAUUCUCUUUGGGCUAACCCGUAAUCGUAUUGCCUCCCUCGGAAACUUCAUUGCCAGCAAAACAUAGCAGAAGAAAACUAUUUGACCAUACAACUCAAGGAGCUUGUUUGGAGGACAACCAGCUCGGUUGGCAACGCAAUAGACAUACACCUGUCAACUCCAGUUGCAGCCACUUGUGGGUUCGAGGCCACCAAGAGCUUUGGGUGCCGUAAAAAUAAUUAUUAGUUCGAUUUUUCUCUGCACAAGCCGAAAUAUAGAGAUAUCCUAGUCAAUUAACUCAAAAAAAAAGCACUUACUGUUCUUUGGCUUAGUUAUGCGCAAAUCAAGAUUUUUCAUUCUUGUUCUUUGGAACAAAAUUCUUUUUUUCUUAUAUAUCUAAAAAUUGUUUCAAUUGAUCUGUGGUUUUCGAUCUCCUAUUAUUUUAAAAUUAGAGGGAAACUGUUUUGAAAAUAAUGAGUUGUAAAUGGCGGAAUAAAAAAUGUUGAACCAAGUAUCUGUGGAGGCAGUUUAUUCUGCAACUUAUGUUGAAAAUUAUCUCGACUGCGUGGAAAAUUUUCCUGACGAACUACAACGUUUAAUUUCUCGUAUGCGUGAAUUGGAUGUGUACUAUUUGGCUCGUGUUCGGGAAGUAACGACUCAGACAGAAAUUUUUAAAGGUAUAAGCAAUGAGGAUCAAGUAAAAAAGGCAAGAAGCUUCGCCCGAAUGCAACAAGCUUUGAUAGCAGCCCAAGAACUGGGCGAUGAAAAAAUGAGUCUACUACAAACAAUUUUAGACAAAAUAGAAAUGAAAACCAGAUUAUUGGACCAAGAUUUUAAAAAUUUAGAUUAUGGCAAAGAAGAACAGCCUCAAACAGAGAACAAAGAACAACCCCCAAUAGCAAAUGUGACACCAAGUAGCACAAUAAACAAUACUAAUGAAAGGCCUAUCAAAAGAGCUAGGAGAUCAAGGAAUGAAAACUUCUCUGGGAUAGAAAAUCAUCAGAAUGAGAUGGCACCAGCCGAGCAUGUGCUGAGAAGCCAAGCGUCUGUAGUAAAUCCAACGUCUAGCUCCAACCAAAAGAAAACAGGUAAAGGGAAAAAGAAAAAAAGAAAAUCAAGACAAGUUGUUCAAACUCAAAAAGAGGAAUCUCCACCACCAGAGGAACCUGCCAUUGAUCCAGAUGAACCAACUUAUUGUCUCUGUGAUCAAAUUUCUUUUGGAGAAAUGAUCAUGUGUGACAAUGAUCUUUGUCCAAUAGAGUGGUUCCAUUUCUCAUGCGUUACCUUGACCACCAAACCAAAAGGUAAAUGGUUCUGUCCAAAAUGUAGAGGAGAUAGACCAAAUGUUAUGAAACCCAAGGCGCAAUUUCUGAAAGAACUUGAAAAAUAUAACAAGGAAAAGGAAGAAAAAGCAUAGGGUUUUAUUUAUUGUAAAUUGAUUUGUGUUUGUAAAAGUGUUUUUGCCAUAAAUAUACACCUACAAUUUUAUGUUCCCUUUCUCACUUUCCACCUAUAAAUCAAACAAGUGUUUACAGAAAAAAAGAAAACCAAAAGUUAAUGUUCGAAUGAAAACUACACAUUUUUCCAUUUAUUUUUGGUGUGAAAAGUUACGGGAUACCAUAUUUUAACUGAUGUGCAAAAUAAAGAUAUAUUUUUUUUUAUUUCUCACAAGAAUUGCCAAAAUAGGAGACAAAUGAGACCAUUUUCUUAUGUGUUGGUUUCAUUUCUAGACAAUCAGCAUGACAAGGGCCAGUUAAAAUUUUGGUUACAACUGCUACUCUAAAAUACCUAAUUUUGUAUGGAUAAAGCGUGGAAAAAAUGUUUCCUUACGAUCAAACUUCUUCAACGGUUGUGACCAACUUCAGACAUUUCCAUUACUGCUGGUCAAGUGUUUGAUAGCAAUUGGAUGUUUUCGAUAGAUUUCAGCUAUGCCAUUUUGACUUUGUCAGUUCUGACGGUCGCCUCACAAGUCAUU